AUGCUACCGAGCAGACUGCGACGCCUAUCUAGCCUGUUGUCGAACCCGAAGACCUCCUUCCAGGUCCUGUCAGAUCUCCACUUAGACUACGAAUCACAAUACCUCACGUUCCACGUACCCGCUGCGGCGCCCUUCCUGAUACUUGCUGGAAACAUUGGCAGACUUAUAGACUACGAGCUGUAUCUGUGGUUUCUGAUUCGACGGUGUGGUCUUCAUGGGAAGGUAUUUAUGGUUCUCGGUCCUCUGGAGUUCCACGGUAUUAGCUGGAUGGACGGCUUACAGUUGGCGCACAAGAUGGAGAGAGAGCCUUCUCUGAAGGGAAAAUUGGAGAUACUAUACGAGACGGGAAGCGACGUGCCCGGUACGAACAUUACGCUGCUUGGUUGCACGCUGUGGAGUAACAUACCGGAUUCGGACGCACCUGCUGUGCUGCGAAAGAUGCCCGAAUUCAACAGGGAUACCGGUAUAGAGAUGUGGGACAUCGCCAAGCACAACUCGGAGCAUAAAAGGGACUUGAGGUGGCUCUUGGAGGCAGUCAACAGCCCCAAUGCAUCACUGAGUGGCGCGUUAGCACUGACAUGUUCCGGAGCGUCAAAAGAUGAGCGACAAAUCGUCGUUGUCACAUCAUUCGCGCCAGAUCUACCUGGUUGUUUGGACUCCUGGCACGUAGAUGCGCCUUGGGCAUCAGCAUACGGGACCAAUCUGCUACACGGCCCUCAUUUUCGCAAUGUGAAGAUGUGGAUCUCGGGUAUGACAGGCCGGACAUGUGAGUUCAAGCGAGGUGACACAAGGAUCGUGAGCAACCAGCGGGGCCGAGAGGGCGAGCAUGCCACUGGUCUUCUGAAAGCAGGCAUGUCCGAUAAGCAGAAAACCGGCCUAUUCGACGUCAUGCGGCCUCGCGCCAACGUCGACAUUUCCAGCCUCAACACGUUCAGCUGCUGGGAGCGCUUCGACCUCCUGUUCUGCCCUACCUGCUCAAGCCCGGUUUUCUGUGCCUUCAAAGAUCCGGCCAGGAAUCUGGGAGUGGUCACUGGUGCGCUCGGUAACGUGGAUAUUGGAGGUCGCCAGUUGAUCAAGUUCAGUGGGCAGGGCUUCGUGGCUGACACGGAGGAUGGAGGUGCGAGUCCUUGGCUCUGUGCACUCAAUGGCGAUGGGGAGGAUCUGAAGCGUUAUGAAAGUGUGGUAGCCGGUUGUGGCCCUGGAGCGAAGGAAAUACCUGCAGACUGGCCACAAUCCUCCACUAUUCCGGAACUCAAAGCGAAAGAGGAAGAAAGUGUACCGAUACGCUGCAAAUGCGGUGGGGUAGAUCUAGUCCUCCAGCGUGGCAAUUACAAGCACAUGGCCGAAGAUGAGCUUCCCUCCAACAUUGAACCUGUCAGCAGAAAGCUCAAAGCUGGCUUCUGCGGAUGCAACAGCUGCAGAUUACAAAGUGGGAGUGACGUCUUCAACUGGACGUACGCAGAGACAAAGUACAUCACAUUCGGAAAGGAUAGCAGCAAAGAUUUCCCCAAAGACAUGUAUGCCCUCAACGAACUCAUCGACGCAAAAGAUCCCGCUGUGGGUACGCUGAAGUACUACAACUCUUCGCCCGAUGUCUAUCGCCACUUCUGCGACACCUGUUCCGCAGUGGUCUUCUACACCACUGGCAAACGACCGCAGAUUUUCGACAUCGCUAUUGGUCUGUUGGAGUCCAAGGAUGGUGCUCGAGUUGAAAACAUGCUGUAUUGGCCUUUUGGAAUUACGUUCAGUUUCCAGGAAGACGGUGAUGGUGGGUGGCGAGAGGGUGUAUAUGAGAGGCUGAGAACCAAGGCGGAGGAGUGGCGUGUUGCGAGGGGAUACCCAAAGAAUUGGAAGAGCAGUGCCGAGUACCAAGACAUCAAAUGA